AUGAACCCCAACACGGGGUCUCUUUUCGGAGGAGGCGGCCUUGGGAGCUCGACCCCUCAAUCGACCAGCUUGUUCGGAUCAACCAAUGCGACAGGAACAUUUGGAACUACAUCUGCUGCAGCUCCCCAGGCCGCGCAGACCUCUUCUCUCUUCAGUCAAACCCAACCCCAACCCCAGCCUCAGCAUCAGCCUCAGCAGCAACCUGCCCAGUCUUCUAUGCUAGGGCAGACCCAGAAUGGCUCCGGAUUGGCUCAAGGACGAGUUUCGGCCCAGGCAACCCAGCCAGCUUUUUUCAAUAGCUUACUGGAGCGCGGGAAGAAGCGACCACUGUCUACUGCUGGCCAAAACGGUAACGGAAACUUCGAGGAUGUUCCCAGCCUGCAAUUAGGUCUUGAUGAUAUCCGAAGAAAGGCAAGGGAGCUGGGUACAUCGGGGAGCAAAGAUCCCCAGCAGAAUGGUACAAAGGCCCGCUAUCUACUCGCAUCGUCUGGCAUCUCCCCUGGGCGGGCGUUACGAGACCUCCGCUCUCUGGAUCCACAGGCAUCAUUAGCUACAGCAAGAGAGACUGACGGCUUCGACCCUGAUAAUCAGAGAUUUUUGAGAAACAUUCAGCAGCGUGGCCGCCAGGUGAUGAUUGCGGAGAGUCUCUCACGGGCCCAGAGAGAUUUCGAUAUCUUUUUGGAAGAGAAAGUAGAUAUGGACUGGGAGGACCAACGUCGGAAGAUUUUCCAGCACUUUGGACUUUCCCAAAAGGAUGGAUCCACCACGGGAGACAUGAGGUCGACAACUCGGGGAGCCUUCGGUCGAUCGGCCAGACAAUCUAAACAGGGGGGUGCUAGUCAAGCCCAUGGGCCUUCGGGUGCAUCCCGCCGCAGUGUGUUUGGCCGCUCUGCCUUGGACAAGUCCGUUAUUGGUACACCAGGAACUGGCUUGGCCAGUCGACAACUCUUCGAGGACCCGUCGGAACGAAAUGAAGGGCUGGCUGCACCGUCGCCCGACCUACGCUUCUUGCGAGAGAAGAUGGGCAAUUACGCUGAAAGGGUUCAGAAUCUGAACGUGGCUAGGCUACAAGGACAAGCCUACCCCAUCCUUCAUGAGUUCGCGCAAGUUGAACUGCAAAAUGGCGGUGAUGCACCUCGGCAGCUCUUCGAUGCUUAUCAAGCUUUGAUCCGAAUCAUCCAUGAGAAUCCGGCUAUAACCAGCACAUCAGACCCGGGUGCUGUGAAGGAACGACAGUUUGCCACUGAGUAUCUGGAAGAGUCAUCCAAAGCUCAAAACGGAACCAAGCUGAAGAAGCAGAUUAUUGAAGGCUCAAGGGGAUACCUUGAGCACACGUUCUUCCAGGAGGUGGAGAAUGUCAUCUCUAAGAACCUGCGCGAGGCACAACUAGGUGGUAUUCCCACCGUGAUCAACAAGAUUCGAGCAUACAUCCGCGUUCGUGCCACGAGAAAAGACCUUGCUCCAGAUGGAACGGAAUUGCAGAUGGUCGGGCAAGACUAUUGCUGGAUUCUCAUCUUCUGCCUCCUUCGGUGCGGCUUUGUCACCGAGGCGGCCGAGUACGUGAGCCAAGAUCCCGGGUUCCGGUCUUUGGAUCAUAAAUUCGUGACCUACAUGACGACCUACGCUCAAAACAGGCGACUUCCACGGGAUUUGCAGCAGAAGAUCAAUGGCGAGUACCAGCAGCGUUUGCGAAAUGCGCCCGACAACACCGUUGACCCCUAUCGGAUGAUUUGUUACAAGAUCAUUGGCCGCUGCGACCUCUCCCGCCGCCGUUUGGAUGGUGUGAACCAAACCGUUGAGGACUUCAUGUGGUUGCAAUUCAGUCUCGCUCGAGAGGAUGAUCGCUCUGAGGAGGUAGCCGGCGAUGUCUUUGGUCUGGAAGACAUUCAGACCGAUAUCACUGAAAUUGGACAAAGACAUUUCAACAAGAACCAGGAUGGACCGGGCGGACAUGGAACAUUUUUCAUGCUCCAGAUCCUGGGAGGAAUGUUCGAGCAGGCUGUGGCCUAUUUGGGAACUUAUUCGCCGGUCACUGCAGUCCAUUUCGCCGUUGCAUUGGCGUACUAUGGUCUCCUGCGUGUGUCGGACUUCUACGCUUCUGGAGAAGAAAUCCUUUCUUUCACUGUGAAACAAUACCCCCAGAUCAAUUUCGGGUAUCUCAUCACUCAAUACACUCGAGAGUUCCGCACUGGCAAUGUUGAAGCCGCCAUUGACUACUUUGCCUUGAUUUGUCUCAACGCGGAUCUACCGGGCGCUCUAGGCAAGUCUCAAUCAUCAGUCUGUCACGAGGCCUUGCGAGAAUUCAUCCUCGAGACUAGGGAUUUCGCCAAGCUGCUGGGCGACAUUCAUGCAAAUGGUACUAGAAUCAAGGGCGCCAUCGAACAGCGUCUUGAUUUGAUCAACCUAGUGGAUCAGCAAGACUUCCUGAAAAACAUCACCAUUCAAGCCGCUGGCGUGGCCGACGACAAAGGCUUAAUCACCGAUGCAGUGCUUUUGUAUCAUCUGGCUGAGAACUACGACCGUGUGAUUGAUAUUGUGAACCGGGCCCUGUCGGAUGCCAUUGCGGUUGAGCUGGGAGGAACCAUGCCGAAGCUGCAACUUCUGCGACCCAGAGUCGAGCAGACCCAAGCAGACACUGUGGCGCCUGGAAGCAGUCUUAGCUUGACCACGGUGGACGAUCCCGUCAUUCUGGGCAAGAACAUGAUUGGUCUCUACAAUUCCAACCAGAUGUACUUCGAUAAGAUCCGCCAGAUUAAUCGGGACGCUUGUGGACUCCUCCUUCGCAUGAUGGAAGCUAAGAUGGAGGUUGAAGCAGGCAGAUGGGCGCCCGCCCUCGACCACAUUGACCGACUGGGAGUCCUUCCAUUGCAAGCCCAAGGCUCUAUGCCAUAUAUUCGGAGUGUUGCUCAGGCAUUCUCAUCUUUCCCGGAGAUCAUUUCGCGCAAUAUUGGACAUGUUAUCAUGUGGAGUAUUGCAUGCAUUGGCCAAGAACGUCAUAAACAAGUCUCGGGACCCUAUGAGACUGACAUGCAUCAUGGAUUUGCAGAACAGUUGCUAAACAUGGCGAAGGAUCUCAUGGUCUUCUCUGGAAUGGUUAAAUACAAACUCCCACCAAAGGUCUACGAGGCCCUCGCCCGCGCUGGGGCAGACAUUGGGGCAUAUUAG